CCCCGCUGCCGGCCGCGCAGGAGGAGGCGGCCCCGGCAUAAAGCAAGUUUUGUCCCCGCUACUGCUGCGCCCCGCGAGGAGGCGGCGAGAGCCCGACCCCUGCCCGCGCCAUGGCCGCGGCUGCCCCCGGGCCGGAGCGGGGAGGCAGCGCGGCGAGAGCAGCCUAGUAACCCCCCGGCGGCAGCGCCGGCGCCUUCGCGCCGCUUGCCCGGCCGCGUCCGCCCGCUGCUGGCCGGGCCCCGCGGCGCAAGGCGGGGGAGUUCGCGGUGCUGCUGGGCUCGGGGCCCCGGCACCAUGUGGGGCAGCAGGAUCCUCCCUGAACUCGGGGACGGCGGCGGCUUGCGCAGCUACAAAGCCGGCCCAGAUUACUCCUCCGCGGGAUGGUUAUCUGGUACUGAAUCACUGUGGCAGGCCUCAACCAUUCCAUCGAGCAGCCGAAGUAACCAUAUCAGAAGACACAGUAUAGCUUCUGACAGCGGGGACACAGGCAUUGGUACCUCCUGUUCUGAUAGUGUGGAAGAUCAUUCAACGUCAAGUGGUACUUCCUUGUUUAAGCCCAGCCGAUCACUGGUCUCUAUUCCCACUGCCCAUGUGAUGCCGUCUAAUGCCAGCUCUUCACUUUCCAAACACAGGGAAGCUCUGAAGUCUGACUGCUCACAAUGGAGUACAAACCUUUUACGGUCAGGAGGAAGUCGAAAUCUGGGCAUAGUGGACCACUCUCUUGACAUGAAGGAUGUGAGGCCUGUAAGGAAAUGGUCAUCCUUGUCUAAACUCAGCACACCAGAUAGCUGCAGUCAGGAUGAAAGUGUCCUUUCAGGGGACUCCAGGGCUAGUACUGACAGAUCAGGAAGAGACAAGACCAUGUCACCACAAUUAAGAACAAAUGGGCCGAGUUGUUUGCAUAAUAGCAUGGAGUUGCUAAAAGUUGAGGACAAAGAAACUGGGAAAAAACCAUCUUCUACGCUGGAUUGCAAAUACAAAUUUGAAAGUUGCAGCAAAGAAGACUUUGGUGUUUCAGACGCCUCAAAUAGGAGACAUGUCUUUGACAUGACCUACAGUGCCUUACCUGAAAGCAAGCCCAACUCAGCCAGCUGUGAGGCUUUUGGGCACAAAUAUGCAACACUGGGACAGCAGGCUAUGAACGGAGUACCCAUUCAGCCCUCAGUGAGGACUCAGAUGUGGCUUACAGAACAGUUGCAUGCAAAUCCUCUGGACUGUAGGACUGCUGAGGAGUCAUAUGGUUUGGCAGCUUGGCAACUGCAGCAGCUUGAAGAUCUUACAAGGGGAAAUGAGCACCCGAUGCAGGUUCUGACUGGAUCGUCUCGUCAAGGUUACACAGGUACAGGCUAUCAGGAUUUCAGUAAUUGGGAAUCCCUUAUGAAAAUCAAAGAAGGGUUGCUAAGACAGAAAGAAAUUGUGAUUGAUCGGCAGAAGCAACAAAUUAACAGUUUACAUCAGAAGAUACGGGAGAAUGAAUUACGGGCUCAACAUGCCAGAUUGAGCCACCUUGUGAAUUGUGAAGAAUCUUACGUGACUAAUUUACAGCAUUCACAAUAUGAGAACACAUCAUUGCAAGCUCCAUUUUCAGAAAGAUCAGUAUCCCACUGUGAGGAGCUUGAGCAAAAGCUUGCAUCAGUUGAGAAUAAGGAAAUGCAACUCAAUGAGUUUCUCAAGCAAAUUUCAAACAAAUCCAGUGAAGAGAAAAAGAAGAUGGAAGAGAAACUUAAAACCAGAGACAGGUACAUAAAUAGCCUGAAAAAGAAAUGCCAAAAAGAGUCUGAACAAAACAAAGACAAACAGAGACGAAUUGAAACCCUAGAAAAAUAUCUAGCUGACCUGCCAACGCUGGAUGAUGUAGAAAGGCAGAGUAAGCAGCUGCACAUUCUAGAAGAGAAGAACAAGCAACUCCAAGAAACGGUGACAGAUUUGGAGAAGAAGCUUGGAGAGACUAGAACACAAUGUAGGGAGAAAGAGCUGCAACUCGUGUGUCAGAAAAAGAAAGAAAAAGACCUGGUCACCACAGUGCAGAGUUUGCAACAGAAAGUAGAAAAAUGCCUGGAAGAUGGUAUCCGCCUCCCCAUGUUGGACACAAAACAGCUUCAGAGUGAGAAUGAAUGCCUCAAAGAAAAGAAUGAGAGAGCCCGCAAGGUCAUAGACAAUCAACAAAAUCAGAUAGCUGGGAUGAUGUUAGAAAUUCAGUCUAUGGAAGAAAAGCUUUUGCAAGGGAAACUGACAAUGCAGAAGAUGACAAAUGAGACUGAAGAAAAAGAAAGGCAUAUACAGCAGUUAAAUAAAACUCUGCUUGAAAACCAAAGACUAAUGGAAGAGAAUGCCUUUUUGAGGGAGCAGAUAUGCCAGAUGGAACAGUCCAGACAGCCAGUGUCUGAAAAGAUGCCGGUGGCUGACCAGUUGUUCAAAGAAAUGUCCAAUUGUUUGUUUGACUUGAAAGCACUAUGCAGUAUUCUUACCCAGAGAGCUCAGGGCAAGGAGCCUAACCUCUCCUUACUGCUGGGAAUCAGAUCAAUGAGCUGUUCAGCUGAAGAGAAUGAGAAUUACCACAGCACAGGAACUCUCACCAAGAAACUCUCAGAGGUGUGUCAAUUACGGAAGGAUAUUGAUGAACUGAGGACUAUAAUAUCAGACCAUUAUGCUCAGGACAUGGGAGACAACUGCGUUACCCAAUGAUAAAAUUUUGUCUCACAGCAAUGA